AUGUGGAAGUUUACCUCGAGUGCAACCAAAAGAAUUGGAAAUUCACUUUCGAGUAAUAAUAAUAAUGGAAGUCUUUUGUUCAGUUUAAAUUUUAAUGGUUCAAAUAAUAAUAAUAAUAAUGAAAGUUCAAAACCAAUCACUGCUGCCAAUACACAAAACAAUAGCACAACAAAAUCAAUAGAUAAUAAUAAUAAUAAUACUAACAAUAGCAAUAGCAAUAAUAAUAAUAAUGAUAAUAUUAAAAAUAAUAACAAAUUUAAUAGAGCAUCACAUAGAAGUAACAUUACUUUAGUGGCUAUUAACAAUAAGGAUAUUAGUCAAAUGACCAAUUUAUUAGCAGAUUCUGGUAUAUCUGUUUCAAAAAUUAGUAAUAAAAAGAUUUCACUAGCUUCAAAAAUCAAUACAUUAAAUAAAUUAAAUUCAAGUUUACUUCACUUAAAUAGUAUUAAUAAUAGUUUAACUAAUAGUAAUAAUAAUAAUGAUAAUAAUAAUCUUAUUGAUAAUAAUAAUAAUGAUAAUUAUAACAAUGAUUCAAUAUCUUCUUCAUCAUCUUCUUCAUCAUUAUCAGAGUCAUCACAAACUUUAUCAUCAGCAUCAUCAUCAGCAUCAUCAUCGUCAUCAUCAACAUUAUCGUCAUCAUCGUCAGUAUCAUCAAAAUCUUUAAAUAACAAUAAUAAUAAUAAUAAUAGUAGAUUUAAUAAUGAAUUUAAUGAUGUAAGAGUACUUGGUAAAGGUGGGUUUGGUAUUGUUUUUCAAUGUUGUAAUAUAUUUGACCAAAUGGAAUAUGCAGUAAAAAGAAUCAAAGUAAAUCAAAAAAUUCCAACAAAAGAAUUAAUGGAAGUUAGAGCAAUGGCAAGAUUAAAUCAUCCUAAUAUCGUAAGAUAUUAUGGUUCUUGGAUUGAAGAAGAAAUUAUAACAAAUAACUCAAUUGAUCAUUAUGGUGAAAAUGAUAAUAACUUAUUUGAGAAUAUUGAUUCAUUUCCAUCAUCUUCUUAUUCAUCAGUAUCAGCAGCAGCAUCAUCAUCAUCAUUAGUUUCAAAUUCAUCAAAUAGUUAUUCAAAUAACAAAGCAACAUAUAUUUCAAACUCAUCAUCAUCAUCAUCAUCAUCAUCAUCAUGUAGUUAUAGUAUAGGUAAUGGAAAUUUAUCAAUAAGUGAAUGCACAAAUGAUGAUAAUAAUAAUUAUAAUCAAUUAAAACAAAAGAAAUUUUCAUUAUAUAUACAAAUGGAAUUAUGUAAAUAUAGUACAUUAAGAAAUUUAAUAAAUGAAAUUAAUAAUAUUAAAUCAAUAACAUCAAUUCAAUCAACAUCAUCCAUUGCAAAUCCAAUUGGAACCAAUAUAUUGAUAUCAUUGGAUAUUAAACAAUGUAGAGAGAUAACUAGACAAAUCUUAGUUGCAUUGAAAUAUAUUCAUUCACAAGGUUUCGUUCAUCGUGAUAUUACACCUGAUAAUGUAUUUGUUUGUCAAUCACCAUUUGGUAUUAAAAUUGGUGAUUUCGGUUUAGCAACUACGAUUGAAUCAUUAACAGUAGAUAGUAACAAUAACAAUAACAAUAACAUUAACAAUAACAAUAAUAACAAUAAAAAGGUGGGUGGAUUAGGCACUUAUUUAUAUAGUAGUAAUGAACAAGAACAAGGUGAUAAUUAUAAUCAAAAAACUGAUUUAUAUAGUGUUGGUGUGAUUUUCUUUGAAAUGUUAUCACAAUUUAAAACAACUAUGGAACGUUCAACAACUUUAUCAAAAUUAAAGAAAUCUUUAUCAGUUUUAAAAACAAAUCCAAAUUUAAAACAAAAAUAUCCAAAUGAUACUGAUUUCAUUGAUCAUUUAAUUCAAUCAUUUGCUACAAGACCAUUCUCUAAUCAAAUUUCAACUGAUUAUGAUAAUUUUCCACCCAAAAAUUUUUUAAUUAAUUAA